AGGAAACAUGAGGGAUASUAGWAUUGCUCUAUUUUAAUCAAYAUCCGUGACGGAGCCACCUUUUUAUGAUGGUUCGCUUCGUAAAGAAACACCUAGUUUCUUUAACAAUUUUUAUAGCGCUUUUGAUCAUUGGGUGUCUGGUUCUAACUUCAAGUGAAACUGAUUUCACAAGCCUUGUGAUUGAAAAAGCAGAUUACCCAAUCAUGUCACCUGUGGUGCGACCACAAGAUCCUAAUAACUCUGUGUAUCUUCUUGURAUCAUCUCUUCAGCGCCUGGAGGAGUUAACGUAGAGCGAAGAAAAGCAAUUCGUAGUACUUGGGGUUCAAAACCAGAUCCCAACAGCGAAAGAAGUUGGCAUGUUAUAUUUAUGACUGGAAAAACAAAAGACAACAGCACAGACAAAAGCCUGUUCAAAGAAAGUAGAAUAUAUGGUGAUCUUUUUAUUUGCGAUUAUAAAGACCAAUAUUCUAGGAUUCUUGAUAAAUUAUUAGCAGCUUUCAACUGGGCUUCAAACGUCCAGCCGAAGUACCAUUUCCAAUAUGUUUUGAAGACAGAUGAUGAUGUAUACGUUAAUAUCCCACGUCUAUAUCAAUGGAUUGAUACCGUUGGCUCUCAACAACAGCAUUUAUAUGCAGGUGUACUAUAUACGGGUACGGUAGUAAGGUCUAAAACCCACCGGCAUUACGUCRGUGAAGAUCAGAUCCCUUUUAACUAUUACCCAGUGUUCUGCAAGGGUUCAAUGCAAGUUAUUUCUAGUUCUCUUUUUCCUAAGAUUGUCUAUCUAUCAAGAAAAAUACAGAGGAUAAUACCAGAUGAUGCCUAUGUUGGAUUGAUUAUGAAUGAACUGAAAAUCAAACCAGUGAAGAUCCAAGGCUUGGUACAACAGAGUUUAAUGCCUUGGAUUCUAAUGAUCACAGAAAUGUGUGUUUUUAAGAAUGUGAUUGGGCUUGGAGAUUCACUAACUCCUCAACAAAUUCACCACAUGCAUUCAGUUGCCACUCUUGAACACCAAUCAUUGUGGUCCUGUGUUCUUUGGUCACGGAUGUCUUUACUUACAAUUAUUAUUAUUUUUAUAAUUUAUUAUCAUGGACAAAAAAUUCAGUUGUGGUUGAGAAGACGYUGGAUUUUGCUUUUAAGAAGAUAAAAGGUCAUAUUUUCAGAAUAGCAAAAUGGUCAUCAUCAGGAUCAUCUUCAUCAAAAUCAUCUGCUUCGUCUGGCUGAUAAAAGAUUUGGCUCUCCUUCACUUGAUUUUGGUGGAUUUUGACCUGAGCUGGGGGAGCAUGAUGCAUGUAGGGUAAAUGUGUAUUAGCUCUGUCUUGUUCCUCUCGUUUUGUUAAUUUUAAGUUGAACGUGAGAUCUGAGAGUGGAUCAACCUAUCAGAGAGAGGAAAAAAGACAAAUACAUAGAAAUGAAUGAAUGAAUGAAUAAUUAGUUA